AUAUUUUUAAGGUUCAAGAUGGACAGAUAGCGUAUUCUUAGCACUUAGCUCGAGGCCCGUGCGGUAUACUGUACUACCCGAAAGCGGCAUUUAUUUCAUUUAUUUGUCGAACUCGAAUUUCUUCUCGGCGUUUUAUGUCGCGCGAGCAAUUCAAAGAGCCUCCAACCAUCACUCCUACAACCAUUGACUUUGAAUAGUUUCCAUGCAUCUGUAUUAUUACUUGGUUACUUCUUGUCACUGAGGCUUUUUUAGACGAAUAUAAUACUCCAAUUGGACCUUCUUACGAUAUCAAUUUGCUUCCUUCAUCUUGCUUACAUCCUGCCGUUUCCCUCAGACUCGAGCUUCUAGAAAAAAGAGACUUAAUAAUCCGCCCAUCAUGUCGGAACUCGUAGAGCUCGUCAGUCACCUUUUCGAUUCGAUAUCCCAGCUGUUCACUCUGGUAAAAGAUCGCGCUUCAACCAACCUCAGCGAGUCUUUCUCGUCUAUGACACCAAAGCAAUGGAUUCGGCUAGUUAUAGUUGUCGGUGCUUAUGCACUGCUGCGACCGUACAUCAUCAAGAUGGGCGCCAAAUUCCAGGAGAAGCAGCUUGAGAAACAAUUUGCAAAGGAGGAGGAAGAGGCCAUAGCGGCGGAAAUAUCACCCAACCAGCUCCGUGGCUCCAAACACGAAAUACCUGACGAUAGCGACGACGACAAUGACCAGGCUGUGACAUCCGCUACGGAUUGGGGAAAGAAGGCCCGGAAGCGCCAGCGCAACAUGAUCAAAAACUUGCUCGACGCAGAAGAGAAGAGGCUACAGGAGCUCCAGGAGGAUGAAGAGGAUAAAGAUAUCGAGCAAUAUCUUGUUGAAUAAGGCUGGCUGUGCCGAGGUUCGCGAAAAUUCAGUCGAAUACAUUUUUAUACGGUAGCUUGAAAAAUUCAAGCAACCUACCGAUCGAGACGUCCAUUUUUUUUAAUGCUUUCCCAUGUAUGCCAGGUGUGCAGACUCCAUCAUUGCUGCAACCAUACAGUACAUUCGUGGUUCAACCCAUAUCAUGAGGUACGAUAGUUUGACGCGAAUCAGUGCCCACGAGUCAUACCAGAGCUAUAGUGGCCUUAAUAUUUUAUG